CGAGAAGCGGCAGACGGCAGCCAGAAGGCUUGGGCUGUUGAGUAAGCAGCCCCCCUCAGUCCCAGCCCUCCCCGCCCCUCGUCCUGCGCCUCCAGUGAGCGACUGAGCCCCCGCUGCGGCCCCGCCCCCUGGGCUCUGCCAGAGCUGGUGCACUGCGCGGAGGGGAGGGCCGGCCGGGGCAGGAAUGCGCGGCGGGCGGGCGUCGCAGGAGGCGAACAGCGGAACAUGUAAGGGCACAUCUCGCGAGCUGCCGCCCAGCGCGCAGACAGAGCCCAGGGGAGCAAGAGAACCGGCGGGCGGCGUGGCUCACGGGCUAGGGAGGCGCAGAGGCACCCGGUAGAGGCGGACCGGGCUGGGCCAGCUCCGGUAGAGCAGAGGAGGAGGUGCAGGCUGAAGCGGGGCGGUGGGCGCGGAGCGCGCUGGGGGCACCCACGCCACCUCACUGGCAGCCAGGUGCUGAGGGCCGCAGUGCGGGCGCGCCGGGCAGUCAGGACGCAGGUGGGCAGCGCGCACGGCCAGCCAGCCCGGGGCGCCAGAAUCCUGCGCUGCCGGGCCGAGAGUGGCGCCGCGCCCGCCGCAGCCUGGAGCUUUCCGCGAACCUCGGGGCCCCCAUGACGGCGGCGGCGACGGCCACCGUGCUCAAGGAGGGCGUGCUGGAGAAGCGCAGCGGCGGGCUGCUGCAGCUGUGGAAGCGGAAGCGCUGCGUGCUCACCGAGCGCGGGCUGCAGCUCUUCGAAGCAAAGGGCACGGGCGGCCGGCCCAAGGAGCUCAGCUUCGCCCGCAUCAAGGCCGUGGAGUGCGUGGAGAGCACAGGGCGCCACAUCUACUUCACGCUGGUGACCGAAGGCGGUGGCGAGAUCGACUUCCGCUGCCCUCUGGAAGAUCCCGGCUGGAACGCCCAGAUCACCCUAGGCCUGGUCAAGUUCAAGAACCAGCAGGCCAUCCAGACAGUGCGGGCCCGGCAGAGCCUCGGGACCGGGACCCUCGUGUCCUAAACCACCGGGCGCACCAUCUUACCUUCAUGCUACCCACCAUCUCGGUGCUGAGGUCAAGGCAGCUUCGUUGUUCCCUCUGGUUUGUGGGGGCACGGCUAUGUUCCAUGUGGCGAGGUGGAAGGCAUGGGCGUGUGGAGGAGGCGCUGGAGCUGAAGGAAUGGACAGACCCCGGGAGGAGGGCAGAAGGCUUCGCAGGGCUGAGGAUGAAGAUUCAGCCCCUGGACGGUCCCAGACUCUCAGGACAUGCCCAGCUCAGGGGCUUCGAGCCACAGGCCUGGCCUCAUAUGGCAUGAGGGGGAGCUGGCAUGGGAGCCCCCUCCCUGCUGUGGUUCUGCCCUCUGUCCUACAGACUGCUCUUAGUCCCCUGGCUUUGUGCCAGGCCUGGAGGAGGGCAGUCCCCUAUGGGGUACUGAGUCAACGCCUCAGGAAUCAGGAGGCCAGCCUGGUACCCAAAGGAGUACCCAGGGCCUGGCACCCAGGCCCACUCCAGAAUGGCCUCUGGACUCACCUUGAGAAGGAGGAGCUGCUGGGCCUAAAGCCCACUCCUGGGGGUCUCCUGCUGCUUAGGUCCUUUUGGGACCCCCACCCAUCCAGGCCCUUUCUUUGCACACUUCUUCCCCCACCUCUGCGCAUCUUCCCCCACUGCGGUGUUCGGCCUGGAGGUGGUGGGGGUGAGGGGGGGUUUGGCCAUUACCAUUUCAUGUCUUUCCCCAAAUGAAGAUGCCCUGCAAAGGGCAGUAACCACACAGUUUGCCGAGUGAAAUUCUUUGCCCACAAAGUCCCAGUGCUUGGAGCAUCUCUCUCUUUAUCUGUAUUCUCCCAAUUUGCAACCCAUUCUGAAAUCUCCAGCCUGGAUAGGCAGAGACACUACAACCCCAGUAGGCAGGGCCUGGGUGGUCCUAGGAAGGAGGGUCCAUAGAUUCUGGACCAAGGGAUGUCACGCUGGUCAGUUCAGUCCCUAUAGAUGCCUCUUCUACAGGAGGCUACCCUGCCGCUGCUACCCUGGGAGAAGCCUCAGCUUUCUGGGUAGAGCUUGUCUCCCUGUCAUUUAUACUCUCAGGCUGUAUACAUUUACACAGUAAGUUUUCCCUCCUGGAGGGUUAAAAGGAAAAUAAUUUCAACAGGAUGAAGGCCUGGCACGGUGGCUCACAACUGUAAUCCCAGGACUUUGGGAGGCCGAGGUGGGUGGAUCACCUGAGGUCAGGAAUUUGAGACCAGCCUGGCCAACUUGGUGAAACUGUGUCUCUACUAAAAACACAAAUGUUAGCCGGGUGUGGUGGUGCACACCUAUAGCCCCAGCUACUGGGGAGGCUGAGGCAGGAGAAUUGCUUGAACCUGGGAGGCAGAGGUUACAGUGAGCUGAGAUCGCACCACUGCCCUCCAUCCUAGGUGACAAAGCAGUGAGAGACAGUCUCAGAACAAAACAAAACCAAAAACUGGAGAAAACUGAGGUACAGACAAUAGCUGCCCACAGUUAUACAGAAACUAUUGAUUGGGUAACCCUGGACCUUUCCAAGCUGUGGCCAGCAGUUGAUUCUACCUUCCUUUCCUCCAUUAUUUCCUCAUGUCUGACCUUCCCUGUUGCAAAGUAGUGGCCUACUUCAGAGUCUCUCUGUAGGGAGCAAGGAGGCUGAGUGGCUCCCUUCAGCAAUUUAAAGUCUCUUUAAUUGUUUUGUGCUUCCAACCUGUUUUGCUCCCCUUCAGAUUUCUCUCACCUUCCAAUCAAAACCCUGUCCUGUG